AUGUCGUUCAACACGCUCCAUGACACCGCCGCUUCCGUGAUCGGGUGGCUCGAUCGAUACUCCAAUCUGGCUAAACCCGUAACUGCAUCGACCGCCGCGGGCAUAUCUGCAAGCGGGCCCUGGCAGCCCUUACGAACCGCAGACUCGGUGCCAUUCCACAAUGUCAGAGACCACGAUGACGAUUUCGGUACAGUUGAGGCUGGUCAAUCGAGCCAUGACGCCGGUGAGAAAAUCGCCGCUUCAGUCGACCCCGCGGACCGUUUCAAGAGAGACAAAGAGGCGCCGUCAGCGGCACUGCAAGCGAGAACUCAGCAGACCGAAGGGGACGAAGAUGGAAGCGGUGACGACUGCAAAGUCUCGGAGGACGGGUGGAGCGGAUGCACUGACGAGGAUAGUCUGCUGGCAAGCGGUUCUGUCUGCUCUUCACCAGAAGACGGAGCUUCUUCCUCAGGGGGCGGCGCUCCUUGCCGCCGUCCCAGCGGACCGACAGACCAGUCUGCGUCCCGUGAUCAGGCCCAGCGGCGCAGACCUACGAGUCUCCUCCUGGUCGGGAAUGACGCAGAGGGUCUAGGGAAGAUCACUGACUCCUUCCGCAACCUGGGCGGCUGGUUGGUCGAAACCGCGCCCAUCGAGACACCAGUACAGGUGACCGGAGCAUCGGUCUCGGACGAGCGCAGGCUGGACUGA